AUCUCGGCCAUUGCCAGCUCUGUUCCAUCUCUUUUUCCGUGGAAUCUCUCGCUCGGAUCGGCUCUGUAUGGUACAACAAAAUUCUCUGCUUACCAUACCAUUGACCCACCAUUAACAGCAUCAUACGUUGACUGUUUCGUUCGCGCCAUCAGGGCAGAGAGACCGAAGCCAUUGGAUUGAUUCGCAUUGCCAGGAACACAUACAGCGGCUUCCGGAGCCCCUUGACCAGACUUUUCCCAAUCUUCGUGACGACUACCUUCGCCUGAAGCGACACCGUUCCUAGCAGCUAGAUUUCCCAAUUCUAGGACCACCGGAAUUUUUGGUCUAUCCGGUCUCCGCCUUCCACCGUCCUAUAUAGCCUUCAAAAGCACCUCCGUCCAGAUAACCUCCCGCGACUAAACCUCUCUCAUCCACUCCUCCCGAAACACCUCCCAGCCGCCGCUUCCCAGUCACUUCACCAUGGAAGACACAACAUCCACCACAAUCCGCCCCUCAGCGGCCACCACCAACCCGCCCAGCGUUGAGAACGCCUACAAGCGCAAAUGCCUUGCCCUGAAGAAGCGUCUCAACGAGAUCGAGGAAGAGAACGAACAGAUGCGCAUCCGCAACCGGCGCGGCUGGCAGUACAUCCAGAAAAUGCGCCUGGAGUCGUGCAUCUUGCUCGAGCGCCUGGCCAAGGUCACCGGCAUGACCGAGGAGGCGUCCUCGCAGGCCGGGGCCGCCGCGAACCCGGAGCUCCGGGCCCGCGCCGUCGCGCUGAUGAGCAACGCCUCGGCGUUGAAUGGGCUAGCUACCUCGUCGGAGGGGAAGAAUGGGGCCGCUGGCGGCGGCGCGUAUCUGGAUGAUGAGACGGAGGGGAGUUCAGAUGAGCAGCCUCCGACUCCCCAAGAACGACCUCUCCGCGUGAAACGAUCCCGAAAAUCCAACCUCCCCGACGGCGUCGGCGCCGACGACGAAGGCAGCGCCGCCGCCGCCGGAACCGCCAGUAAUAACGCUGCCGACAACGGCGACAACAACACCGAUAACAACGGCAGCCUGCCCCGGCUGGCCCCGGCCCCGUCCCAGGACGAUCUGAGCUCCACAUUUCGGCUUGGGGCUGGCCAGCACCCAGAAUCUGAUGAGCGCGGCACGAGUCAGAAUCCGGAAUCCGGCUCGAGAACCCACGAGAAUGAGAACGAGGCUGGUGAUGCAUCGGUGGAACCCUCCUCGACGCCGAUGGAUGUGGAUGCCAAGGAACCGAGGGAGGAGAGCUAG